CAUUGUCUGAGGCGAGCUGCGAGGCUGGGGCUCAAGAUGGCGGCGACCUCGGCUGUGCGGCUGGUCGGGAGCCGCCUCAAGGAGAUCCGGAUCCACCUCUGCCAGCGCUCGCCGGGCAGCCAGGGCGUCAGAGACUUCAUUGAGAAGCAGUACGUUACGUUAAAAAAGGCAAAUCCAGAUUUCCCCAUUCUCAUCAGAGAGUGCUCAGAUGUGCAGCCCAAGCUCUGGGCUCGAUAUGAGUUCGGCAGAGAGAAGAGUGUACCAUUGAACAACCUGACCAUGGACCAAGUUGCCAGAGCUUUAGAGACUGUUGUUAAGAGCAAAGCCUAAAGUUAAUGCAUGGUACUUGCAUUCAAAAAUCUAAAUCCAGCGGUGAAGCAUGUAUGGAUGUAACUUAUUAAAUUGCAUAUAAAAAUAUGGCUCACAAAAUAGAAUUCAAA